AUGCCAAGUCGCGAGGAGAACCGGAAGGCAGCAAAAGAGCUGCUCGCUCGCUGUGCAGAGCAGGGCGUAAAAGUCCCGACCAAUCCCGUGAAUGCCGCCGUCGAAGCUGGUACCAUGCUGAAUGCCACGCGUGAAAAGGGCGAGUUUUGCUUGGACGCGGCUCUGCAGGAGAUGAUCAAAAAGUUUGGUCUCAAGGAGCCUUUGUCUCCCACCGAAGAGACGAAGUCACCGAAGAAGAAGAAGAAGCGUGGCGAAAGCGUUCAAUCAGAGGAAACGACAGCGACGCGGGGCAAAAAGCGCAAAAGUGAGGACGUGGAAGACGAGGCGGAAGAGGACGAAGUCGUCGAGAAAAAAUCGGCCAAGAAGCCACGCAAGGCAGAGGCCACAUGCCAAGCCAAUCAAAAGCUGGCGGAUGCGUUUGCCGAGCUUUCAGGCUUUGAGUUCAAGCGGGGCGAGCGGUUCAAGGGCGGCACGUGGUCAAAGGUGGCCAAAGCCAUUCGCGACUGUGACUCGGUGCUCACGUGUGGAAAAGAGGCUCUGAAACUCAAAGGAGUGGGCAAGUCGUCCGCGGCGAAAAUUGACGAGUUCCUUGAAACGGGUACGCUCGAGACGCUCGAAGAGUACCGUGCAGGUAACAUGUAA